UACACCGAACGCGCACCAUGGAGAGCGCGAGCAACUUGUCGUUCGCCUAUCACCGGGGCCAGCUCCCCGCGCUCCACGGCAACACCAGUUUCUGUGGGAACUUCACCGACAGCAACAACACGAGCUUCGCGGAGGCGAGAUGCAACGGGGAGCGCGGGAUGACCGGCAGCCCGGAGGGCGACGCCACUCCGGUUAUCAUCGCGAUUGUCAUCACCGCGCUCUACUCCAUCGUGUGCGUGGUGGGGCUGGUUGGAAACGUGCUCGUCAUGUAUAUCAUCGUCAGAUACACUAAAAUGAAGACCGCCACCAACAUCUACAUCUUCAACCUCGCCCUGGCCGACGCCUUGGUCACCACCACGCUACCAUUCCAGAGCGUCAACUACCUGAUGGGGACCUGGCAGUUUGGAGACAUCGUGUGCAAGAUGGUGAUAUCCAUCGACUACUACAACAUGUUCACGUCGAUCUUCACACUCACCACCAUGAGCAUUGACCGCUACGUCGCUGUGUGCCACCCAGUCAAAGCGCUGGACUUCAGGACGCCGCGCAACGCCAAGAUUGUCAAUGUCUGCAACUGGAUUCUCUCCUCCGCCAUCGGGUUGCCUGUGAUGUUCAUGGCCUCCACCGCCGUCACUCCCUCUGGCAUUGACUGCCAGUUAAUAUUCCCCCACCCCUCUUGGUACUGGGACACCCUGAUGAAGAUCUGCGUGUUUAUCUUUGCCUUCAUCGUGCCUGUCCUCAUCAUCACCGUCUGCUACGGCCUCAUGAUCUUCCGGCUGAAGAGUGUGCGCAUGCUGUCGGGCUCCCAGGAGAAGGACAGGAACCUGCGUCGAAUCACCCGAAUGGUCCUGGUGGUGGUUGCCGUCUUCAUCGUAUGCUGGACUCCGAUCCACAUCUUUGUCAUCAUCACGGCUCUGAUCAAUAUCCCCACCACCACGCUGCAGACUAUCACCUGGCACUUCUGCAUUACCCUCGGAUACGCCAACAGCAGUUUGAACCCAGUCCUUUACGGCUACCUGGAUGAGAACUUCAAGCGUUGUUUCCGGGAGUUCUGCACCCCGCGUCCCUCAGUGUUGGAGAUACAGAACUCGUCUCGGACCGGACUCACGAGCCGCAAGCUCCCACAGCGCGACCAACACAGCGCCAACACCGGAGAUAGGUCCAAUCAACAGGUAUGACUAGCAUUGGAGGGGUCGUCGGUGGACUCUCGCUGUUGCGUUGCCAACGACGAUCUUAACUCAGAGGUCACGCAGGUCACCACAGGACUCUGACCACGCCAACGCAAAUUGACACGUACGUACAAACAAUCCAGGACAUGACAGAGACUCAAUAGCACCCCGUAACCAACCACGCAUCAUUACAAGACUCCUCCUGUGUGAAGAAGCACUUGCACUAAAUUGUGCAUUAACGCAAUUACAACUUUUAGUUUAGUUUUUACUACGAUAACAAAAAAGACUCUAAAGUGCAGAAAACAGACAGAUUAUAAAAGACACUCCAACAAGACACUUUUAUGACGAUGUUUUCUUCUGUAUGCUCCCGAUAAAGCUGGCCACAUUGAUCCAAGCCUCCUCAUCCGUAAUUCUCUAGGUUAUAAAACAAUUCGAUCAAUGCGUUGCUCUAUUUGCAGAGUUUCUAGGAUUUCCCUCCAAUAUAUCCCUUUCCCAACAGCAAUUUUCUUUUAGAAUUGUUCAACUGUGCGAGAGGACAGUUGUCCGGAAAUGUGGAUUCUCGGGUGUAAAGGAUCUAAUUGGAUUUGUGUUACCGAAUGCCCAAAAGCUCGGUGGCUCUCUCACCACACGAGGACAUCACCGGACAGGAGGCGUUAUUCAAAGUCAUUUACAGCACCAACUGUGCUUCUAACCCGCCUUCUGUAUGGAUCCCACCCGAUCACCACCGUGGGUCACUUCAAGAGGACUGACAUACAUGUGUGUGCUCUCUCUCCUCUCAACCCACCGAACCUUUUGUAGUUAUCUUUCUUGCCCUUUCAUCUCUGUAAAAAAGUGUUUACUGGACUUGUCAUGAUGGAGACAAGCAGUAGAGCACUGCGUGUUCCUCUCCGCUGAAUUUGACAAACGUCUGGAUGUACAGAAGGAAACCCGUCUCUCUUCGUCACCCUGGAUCCUCGUGCUGAACUGUGGAUCCUCUCAACAUAAAAAAAGCAAAGUCGGUGCAUCAGCGUGUUUGCACAGCGCACAGAGCAUGCUAUUGUGGUAUAUAGUGCAACAUAUGGCCCGACCAGUGUAUGAUUAACCACAGCUUAACAGCUGUUACAAAAUGUGUGGGUUUUAAUGGAGUCCCUUCUCCUCUGUGAGCCAAGGAUUGUAAAUCUGUUGUAACCUUUAGAAUUGCUUGUGCUUACGUGCUGUUCUGUACACUAUACUUGCCAGUUGCCUUUACAGAAGCUCUAAUCGAUAUUCUGUGUAUCAGUAUUUUUUUGUACGAUGUGUUAAAGAUUAACAUGAUUGUAUUAACUAUUAACCUCCCGUGUACAAUAGUGUAAGUAUUCUGGGUGUCUUUUGUUUUUUUUAUGAACAUGAAAUCAUGACUUUUCGAGGAAAUGAUUUGUGACGAUCACAGUUAUUGUGCCUCGUUUUGUCAAAUUGAAUCUGCCUUGUUAAACUGAAGAGAUGAAUAUUAAUCAGAAGGCUGUGUGUACAAUUUUAAAUUAAGAGUUUAACUUUGACUGUUUCAUUAUUUUUUUUGUACAUACAAGCAUAUUUAUAUCCGUUUAUAUUUGGUAUCUCUGCUUUGUGUGUUUUUUUAAAGAAUAUUGUGUCGACUGUUAUUAUUUUCAGUUUUUCAAGUUUCCAGCUGACAACUAUUUAUAAACAUGUUGCCAACUUGUCUAAGAUUCAAAUAUUACCAGACAGCAGAUGAGUUUGGCUUGUGUGUGGCACCGAGUGUCAAAUGCGUCAUUGCAAGUCACCCUUUUAUGGCCUGUCAUGUAUUUCAGGGCGAAAUGAAGAUUAAAUAAAUAGGUAUUAUUCUGUGCUUUAAAGCGCCGCUCGCUGUUGGCUGUGAUGAAUAGGUAAAUGCUGUUCCUGACGCCUGAGCAACAGAACCCCUGAUGCCAUGUGCUCUAGUUUUCAUCUUAGUUAUGUUCCUGGGCUCCAUCCAGCACCAAUGUCAAGCCUCCACAAACAAAUCCUCCACACAAUGAAAAACAGCAGUCAGUCUUUUCACAUGUUUGAAGCAAUUAUUUUCUCACAAGAUGUUUAGAGACAUAUCUCAGAUGUUACUUUAACUCCUUUAAAACAAGUAAAAGCACACAGUUUGAAAACAUAACAUGUCUGUAUAGCUCAGCUGCUGAACUGGGCUUUCUGGAGAAAGAAAUACAUGUUCCUUAUCGUACAUUGUUUUUUAUUAUCCAUUUCCAAGAUGUUUUCCUUUUACAAUGAGUCGGCUGGUGGGAACAUUAAAAAGCCAGCACGGGAGUUAAUGAUUUCUUAUUUCUAUAGCUAAAUACAGCUGAUAACCUUUCAAUUAUGAGGAGCCUGCUUUUAUCAAAACAAUAAAUACAUUCAGCACAAGCUCGACAGGCUUGGCGACAGUAAUUUGUUAUUAUUAAAACAUAAAAUGUAUUCCCAAUGAGAUGAAGAAAAUCAACAAACAUUUUCUGGAAUGAAACGUGACAAUUGGCAUUAAAACACAUUUUGCAGCAGGCCACACGUAUGAAUACACUUUUGAAAAUGUAUUUUGGAAAAAGGGAUUUCAUAAACUGUACACACGCCACCAAUUAAUUUCUUUUUUAUGUGCUUGCUUACAUGACUUGUGGUACAAUCAUGACUUGUAAAUGGCAUUUCUCAAUUUUUACUUUAUGGACAAUUCUCUGUAUCUGUAUCACAAUGCAUAUACAAAAAAAUACUGUUAUUAGUUGUCUAUGGAAUAAAAUGUGCUUCUAAAUCUC